UUUUUAUGAUUUGACUCAAUGACCAUAGUCUGCCAAAUUCUUGGUGAAUUACACACUGCGAAUAUGGAAAGUUCUCCCAAGUCCUUCAUUAAGUUCUAAGAAGCUCGCAUAAUGAUAUAGUUACUCUUCAGUUACAACAGCAAAGUUUGGCAAUGAGGCGUGAUGCAUUCACCCAGUGGCAGCGAUGUCCGAUUGUGCUCCCGCUAGGAGGACUAGAUAGGAAAACAAUAGAUUUGAUAGAAAGGUACUGGGAAAAGGCAGAUUUGAUAAGAAGGUUUCCAGAUUACCCCUCCAAUGUUUUAAUGCCUUUUAGGGAUGCGAAUACUAGACCAUUUAUAAACUGAUGAUGAUCAAAAGGAAGUAACAGACGAAGAUAGAGAUAAAUUACUUGCGAUCAAGUUAAAUGUGAUUAUAUGACUUG